CCAUGCACAGCGCCCCGGUGCUGCUCCUCGCCCUCGCCCUGCGGGUGUGCGCGCUGGACACCGAGAGCCCCGCCGCUGGCUGCACCUUUGAGGAGGAUGGAGACCUGAACCAGUGCGAGUACAGCCAGGGAGAGGACGAUGACUUCGGCUGGGAGCUCAUCCGCAGUUACAUGGUGCCACAUCUGACGGCUGACCUGCCCCACGGCUCCUACCUGAUGGUGAACUCCUCGCAGCACGCCCCGGGCCAGAAAGCUCACCUGCUUUUCCAGGCGCUGAGCGAGAAUGACACCCAUUGCCUCCAGUUCAGCUACUUCAUGUACAGCCGGGACGGCCACAGCCCCGGCACCCUCAGUGCCUACGUGCGGGUGACGGGGGGCCCGGUGGGCAGCGCGGUCUGGAAUGCCUCCGGCUCCCAUGGGCGGCAGUGGCACCAGGCUGAGUUGGCCGUCAGCUUGUUCUGGCCCAAUGAAUACCAGGUCCUCUUUGAAGCCGUGGUCUCCAGUGAGCGCAGGGGUUAUCUUGGCUUGGAUGAUAUUUUGCUCCUGAAUUAUCCAUGCUCCAAAGCUCCUCACUUCUCUCGCCUGGGUGAUGUGGAGGUCAAUGCUGGACAGAAUGCCACCUUCCAGUGCGUGGCUGCUGGCAAGGCUGCCGAGGCCGAGCGGUUCCUCAUGCAGAGGCAGAGCGGUGAGGUGGUCCCUGCUGCCUCAGUGAAGCACAUCAGCCACCGGCGCUUCCUGGCCACAUUCCAGCUGGAUGAGGUGUCCAAGGAGGAGCAGGACCUUUACCGCUGUGUCACCCAGUCCAGCCGUGGUGCUGGGGUCUCCAACUUCGCCGAGCUCAUUGUGAAAGAGCCCCCAACACCCAUUGCACCCCCUCAGCUGCUCCGGGCUGGCUCCACCUACCUCAUCAUCCAACUCAACACCAACUCCAUCAUCGGCGACGGCCCCAUUGUGCGCAAGGAGAUUGAGUACCGCAUGACCUCGGGGCCCUGGUCGGAGGUCCACGCUGUCAACAUGCAGACCUACAAGCUCUGGCACUUGGACCCUGACACGGAGUACGAGAUCAGUGUCCUGCUCACCCGGCCUGGCGAGGGGGGCACCGGCAAACCAGGGCCACCCCUCAUCAGCCGCACCAAGUGUGCAGAGCCCAUGCGGGCCCCCAAAGGCCUGGCUUUCUCCGAGAUCCAGUCCCGGCAGCUGACGUUGCAGUGGGAGCCUCUGGGCUACAACCUGACCCGGUGUCACACCUACACCGUCUCCCUCUGCUACCGCUAUUUUGUGGGCACCGGCCACAACCAAACCUUCCAGGAGUGCGUGAAGAUGGAGCGCAACGCCAACCGCUACACCAUCAAAAACCUGCUGCCCUACAAGAACAUCCACGUCAAGCUCAUCCUCUCCAACCCCGAGGGUCGCAAGGAAGGCAAGGAGGUGGUGUUCCAGACGGAUGAGGAUGUGCCCGGCGGCAUCGCCUCGGAGUCCCUCACCUUCACCCCGCUGGAGGACAUGAUCUUUCUGAAAUGGGAGGAACCAGUGGAGCCCAAUGGUCUCAUCACGCAGUACGAGAUCAGCUACCAGAGCAUCGAGUCCUCCGACCCGGCGGUGAACGUCCCCGGCCCGCGCCGCACCGUCUCCAAGCUCCGCAAUGAGACCUACCAUGUCUUCUCCAACCUGCACCCCGGCACCACGUACCUCUUCUCAGUGCGAGCCCGCACCGGCAAGGGCUUUGGCCAGACCGCGCUCACCGAGAUCACCACCAACAUCUCUGCUCCCACCUUUGACUACGGGGACAUGCCAUCACCUCUGAGCGAGUCCGAGAGCACCAUCACGGUGCUGCUGCGGCCGGCGCAGGGCAGGGGGGCUCCCAUCAGCACCUACCAGGUCAUUGUGGAAGAAGAGCGGCCCAAGAAGCUCAAGCGGGAGCUGGGUGGGCAGGAAUGCUUCCCAGUGCCACUCACCUUCGAUGAUGCUGUGUCCCGGGGCUCCGUGCACUACUUUGGGGCUGAGCUGCCUGCCAGCAGCCUCACUGAAGCCAAACCCUUCACUGUGGGGGACAACCAGACCUACAGUGGCUACUGGAACCCACCGCUGGAGCCCAAGAAGGCUUAUCUCAUCUACUUCCAAGCCAUGAGCAACCUCAAAGGGGAAACCCGGCUGAACUGUGUCCGGAUUGCUCGCAAAGCUGCCUGCAAAGAGAGCAAGCGUCCCCUCGAGGUGUCACAGCACUCGGAGGAGAUGGGCCUCAUCCUGGGGAUCUGUGCUGGAGGCCUCAUAGUCCUCAUUAUCCUCCUUGGAGCCAUCAUCGUCGUCAUUCGGAAAGGAAAACCUGUCAACAUGACCAAAGCCACCAUUAACUACCGCCACGAGAAGACACACAUGAUGAGUGCCAUUGACAGGAGCUUCACUGACCAGAGCACACUGCAGGAGGACGAGCGCCUGGGGCUCUCCUUCAUGGACACCCACAACUACAGCAACCGAGGGGACCAGCGCAGCAGUGUGGUCAAUGAGUCCAGCAGCCUGCUGGGGGGCUCCCCCCGCCGUCAGUGUGGUCGCAAAGGGUCCCCAUACCACACUGGGCAGCUCCAUCCUGCUGUGCGGGUGGCGGAUCUCCUCCAGCACAUCAACCAGAUGAAGACAGCAGAAGGCUACGGCUUCAAGCAGGAGUACGAGAGCUUCUUUGAAGGUUGGGAUGCUUCGAAGAAGAAAGACAAGACCAAAGGGAGACAGGAUCAUGUGUCGACAUACGACCGUCACCGGGUGAAGCUGCACCCGCUGCUGGGUGAUCCCAACUCUGACUACAUCAAUGCCAACUACAUCGAUGGCUACCACAGGUCCAACCACUUCAUAGCCACACAAGGCCCCAAGCAGGAGAUGGUGUACGACUUCUGGCGCAUGGUGUGGCAGGAGCACUGUUCCAGCAUCGUGAUGAUAACCAAGCUGGUGGAGGUGGGCCGGGUGAAAUGCUCCAAAUACUGGCCGGAUGACUCCGAGAUGUACGGGGACAUCAAGAUCACGCUGGUGAAGUCGGAGACGUUGGCUGAGUACGCCGUCCGCACCUUUGCUCUUGAGAGGCGGGGCUACUCGGCCCGGCACGAGGUGAAGCAGUUCCACUUCACAUCAUGGCCUGAGCACGGUGUCCCCUACCAUGCCACGGGGCUGCUGGCCUUCAUCCGCAGGGUGAAGGCAUCCACGCCGCCCGAUGCGGGCCCCAUUGUCAUCCACUGCAGUGCUGGCACAGGGAGAACUGGCUGCUACAUCGUCCUGGAUGUGAUGUUGGACAUGGCCGAGUGCGAGGGUGUUGUGGACAUCUACAACUGCGUCAAGACCUUGUGCUCACGGAGGAUCAACAUGAUACAGACAGAGGAGCAGUACAUCUUCAUUCACGACGCCAUCCUAGAAGCCUGCUUGUGCGGGGAGACCAGCAUCCCUGCCAGCGAGUUCAAACCCACCUACAAGGAGAUGGUGAGGAUAGAGCCUCAGAGCAACUCCUCACAGCUGCGGGAGGAGUUCCAGACCCUGAACUCGGUGACUCCCCACCUGGAUGUAGAGGAGUGCAGCAUCGCCCUCCUGCCCCGCAACCGGGAGAGGAACCGCAGCAUGGACGUCCUGCCGCCCGACCGAUGCCUUCCCUUCCUCAUCUCCGUGGAUGGAGACAGCAACAACUACAUCAAUGCGGCCUUAACUGAUAGCUACACCAAGAGCGCUGCCUUCAUCGUCACCUUGCACCCACUGCAGAACACCACCACCGACUUCUGGCGGCUGGUGUACGACUACGGCUGCACCUCCAUCGUCAUGCUCAACCAGCUCAACCAGUCCAACUCUGCCUGGCCUUGUUUGCAGUACUGGCCUGAGCCGGGGCUGCAGCACUACGGCCCAAUGGAGGUGGAAUACGUCUCUGGAGCAGCGGAUGAGGACAUCGUGUCCCGUCUCUUCCGAGUCCAGAACAUCACACGGUUGCAGGAGGGGCACCUGAUGGUCCGGCACUUCCAGUACCUGCGGUGGUCGGCAUAUCGAGACACCCCAGACUCCAAGAAGUCCUUCCUGCACCUCCUGGCCCAAGUGGAGAGGUGGCAGAAGGAAAGCGGUGAUGGCAGGACUGUGGUGCACUGCCUGAAUGGAGGUGGCCGGAGUGGCACCUUCUGUGCCUCCACCAUGAUCCUGGAGAUGCUCAAGUGUCACAACAUGGCAGAUGUUUUCUAUGCUGCAAAGACCCUCCGCAACUACAAGCCAAAUAUGGUAGAGACCUUGGAGCAGUAUCAUUUCUGCUAUGACAUAGCCCUGGAAUAUCUGGAGUCCCUGGAGACGAGAUAGCACCCAGCCAGUAGAGGGGGCAAGGGCUUGCGCAGGGUCGUGCCACCGCGCGGUUCACGCUCGGACGUUGCGUUAGAGCUGAAGGUGAAGAGGAAACAGCAAAGGACCCAACGAGAAAACCCAAUGAUGAAGGCCAAGGAAAGGACACGGGGACGUGUCGGCUGCUCCCAUCUUCAUCCUCCCCUCCCCGUCUUCCCUUCCCAGCGUGUCUGAAUGGCUGCGGAUUGGAUGCUACAACUCAUCCUGUCCCUGCAUCGCUUUGAAUCGCAGUCGUGGGGUUGGUGUGUGCAGGAUGCGGCCCUGUGGUGCUGCCUGGGCAUCUCCGAAGCAGCUGGAGAGGAGGGCAGGAGGAGCCGAGGCCGUUUCCCAGCAGGAAGGAUGGAGUAUUGGAGAAGAGAUGGUGCUGUUUGAGUUGUGAGUGGAGUUGAAGCUGCUCUUCUGAGGAGUGCGGAUGGUCGCUGGCAGGUUUUGCCCUUGGUGGGGACAUACUCUGAGCUGGGGCAAAGACCCUGAGAGGAGCCUGUUUCUGCCUGUUCUCACCAGGAGUCUGAUCUUCACGUUGUUUAGUUCUGUGAGUUGUCACCCUGUGUGUAUCCAGCCCUGGACAGAGCUGGGAUGAGGGAUGGGAGGUGGGGGUCAGGGUGUGCAAAGUCCCCCUUACAGGGACUGACCCAGACCCCUCCUGGUGCCUUUGCAAAGCUUUGCAAACGAUGGCUCUCUGCAUCUCCAAACCAUCUUCUCCAUCUGUAGCAAUCGAUUCCUCCUGGGCUGACACAAAGGUGCCAGCCCAUGGGUCCGUCUCUGACCCUUCCCUUGUGAAUCACUGCAUAUGACACAUCUCUGGUGCCUGGAAAUGAAGCCCUCAGAAUGUGGGUGUAUCCUGGAUGCUGCCUGUAGGCAGGUGUCCAUUGAUGCUGCUUGGCUUUUCUUGGUUGUUCUGGGGCUGGUGAAGUGGGAUGGUUGGUUUUGGUGAUGCUGUUGUCAUAGGGUGAGUGGUGCUGAAACCUUGAGCUUGGUAAUUGAAGGUACCUGAUGUAUUUUUGGCUUCAUCGUGCUGCAGGCAGGUGUGAGAUGUCACCUUUUCUGUCUGAUGGUGUGAUAAUUAUGGGGGUUUCUGCUUAGCCUGGUUGUAAUAAAGCUGUGGUCAGGGUUUUCUCUCCCUGCAAAUGGCCUCAAGAAGGUAUAAACACAAGGAUGCAGGUCUGGAGUCUUGAGGAGAGGGGAAGAGCUAAGGGGAGGCUGCUUCUGUCUUGAGGGCCAGGCAGAGCCUUUCACUCUGGGAUCAUUUGGGAGGGGAUGGAGCAGAACGGAUGAGAAACUGUUCACUGUAUGCUGAAGGUUGCAGGUGGGCAACCCCAUCCUUCAUUCCCCCAUCCUUCAUUCCCCCAUCCUUCA